GAUUGAUUUGUUACCUGUCUGCUCUUAAAACCGUUGUUCGAUGGUUUUAUAAUCGGAUCGAUGGUUCAUUUGGCCUUGCCCGUGUUCUAUUGGGUGUCAGACUGAAAAAGUAAGUCAAAAUAAAUGGACGCUAUAAUCAACUCAGUCACAAGCCUUUGGAAGCCUGACUUUGAGGAGCAUCCUCUUGGCUGGGAGUUGCGUAAGCUGUCAAACUUGCCAUCUAAGAAAUUCUGGACAUUGCACAGACAGAGUUACUAUUUCUCAUUGUAUAAACGACACGAGGGAAAUAAUCCGAGUUUCAUGGUUCUUAUACAUAAUAGACCGCCUCCUAACAAAGAUGCAGCACUAGAAAACACGAAAGAAAACGGUGUCUCGAAGACAAACGUGGAAGCAUCAGGCACUGUUGCAAAUGAUGGAUCCUUGGUUUUGUUCAGCGCAUGUCGCUUCGCUUUACUUCCAGACGCCGAGGCUGCUUUCAGCGGAAUGCAGCAAACUUUCACAAUUCUGUUGCAACAUUCAAGUUCGUUUUUCAAAGAAGGAACCCUCCGGCUCUUAACGGAGACGUACUCAAAGCACGAGACGUAUGGACCUGCGCAUAUAGUGGUGCACUUGAAUCUGUAUCUGGUUGUGAAGCAAGACUGGUUGAAGGAGUAUCUCUCUCUUCCAGACGAAACUGGAAUGUACCCAGUACACGUGGCAUGCAAGGAGAAUAGGUUGGACUGUCUGAAAGAGAUGAUUUUGCGAGAUGUGGACCUGACAGUUCUAGACAAGAGAGGUAACAACUGCAUACACUUCUGUGCUCACAGCGAUAAGAACGUCGAGAUACUACAGAUAAUCCUCAAGAAGCAUCCUGAACUGUUGACUCGUACGAAUGAGGAGGGGAGCACGGGGAUGCAUGUGGCAUGUCUCAACGACAGCAUCCUCAUAGUCAAGACUCUCCACAAAGCGGGACACCAACUGUCAGUGCCUAGUAAGAACGGAUACCCCCUGCACCUAGCAAUGAAGAAUGACAGUCAAGAGUGUAUCGAGUACCUGUGUGAACAUGCACCAGAACAGCUCUCACUGACUAACCCCAACUCAUCACAAGGUGAACUUCCUCUGCAUAUGGUGAAAUCGAGAAAAGCAAUCUCCGCUCUUCUGAGUCACGGAGUGAAAACGGAGAGCAGAAACAGUGUGGGCAAGACAGCUCUGCACGUGAUGAGUGAGAGGAGAAACAUCAAGUGUCUUCUGAGACUGUUGUCGUGUGAUGCAAACCCGGACGCACAGGACGACAACGGGAACACACCACUGCAUUGUGCUGUACUUACUCACAAGUCUAUUAACAGUUGGGUGUUGAAGUAUGACGAAGUGGUGAUGGACAUCGUGAGAGCCCUGUUAGUAUUUGGGGCGAGUGUGGACUUAGUGAACAAAGAGAACUUCUCUGUGAGACAUAUUGUGUCGUGUCAGACUAAGGACCACAAACUCCUCCGCACUCUCAGUGACAUCGGCGCCAAGAGGUGUCCAGUCCAGUCGCCAGUGCCUAGCUUAACUAUGCUGCAUUGUACACAAGGCUGCUCUGGCUUGGGUGAUUUCAAUGGGGAACUCAUUAACCCGGACUGGAACCCGCCUGAUCUAUCUGGUCAAAUCAAAGAAUUCAUAUCCACAUUCGACCGGCACUUCAACCUCCUCGUGACCAAAACAGGAGACAUGACUCCGACUGAAGAAAGUUGUUCCCAGUCGACGGCCUCGCCUUCGUUAAAACGAGUCAAGACGAAGACGGCAAUGAAGAAAAGGGGACGAAGUGUCAGCCCGGAAGCAUCCAGUUUGAACCCAAAUAACGCCAGAGUUAGCAGAGGUACUAGUCCAUGGGCUCAAAAGGACUCUUCGAUAGGUUCAGAAAACGACGUCUAUCGCGCCAGUAGUAGGUCCAGGAGCUGCAGUCCAGCAGAGCGCAAUCACAGGUUCUCAUAUGCAUCUGCAUGGGAUACUCAGACAUUCGGCUCCUCUAUCAAUCGUGAACACAUUCUAUGCCUUGACGGAGGAGGUAUCCGAGGCCUCAUUUUGCUGAUAUGCCUCAGGGAACUACAGAAACACUUGAAACGACCUAUCACGGACAGUUUUGACUGGAUGGCAGGAACAAGUACAGGGGGAAUGGUGGCGGCUGCCUUAUCAUUCGGAUUCUCAAUAUCCAAGGCGAUGGGUAUGUACUUCCGAUUCAAGGACGAAGUGUUCCACAGUGUAAUGCGGCCUUACGACCACGUGCCUCUGGAGAAACUGUUCAAGGAAUACUUCUCAGAAGAGGCAGUCAUGACAGAUAUCGCGAAGCCAAAGGUGCUCAUAUCCACAGUGCUUGGAGACAGAGUGCCACCCGACCUCUUCUUCUUCUCAAAUAUCAACUCCCCCAACACCUGCCUCACAAAAGACCUCACCCACCAGGGCCAGUUUCCGCCCACAGACCCCCCACACAAACAACUCAUAUGGCAGGUACUCAGGGCAACCUCCGCCGCCCCCACAUUCUUCGCCCCCUGUGGGCGCAUGUUGGAUGGGGGCUUGAUGUGCAACAAUCCCACUCUGGAUGUGAUGACGGAGGUGUUCAGGGUUCACCAGAGUGUCUAUGUGAGCAACGGACACUUUCCGCCCAGAAUUGGCUGUGUGGUUUCGUGUGGAACAGGUUUCGUACCAGUGGAGGCCAAAUCUCUCUCGAUCUACAAGCCCUCUGGCAUUCUAGACGGAAUCCGGUCUGUGUCCAACCUCAUCCAACUCACUUCCACCCUUAUAGACCAGGCCACAGUAGCCGAGGGCAGACCAGUGGCCCAAGCCCAGACCUGGUGCCAGAUGUGCGAUAUUCCCUAUGUCCGGUUCAACCCACCAAUCAGUGUAGACAUACCAAUGAACGAAACUUCAGACAGUGUCCUCUUGAAGCUAUGUUGGGAGGCGCAGUGUUUCAUCAAUCGCAACCAGAAGCUGUUUUUUAAAGUGGCCAAAUACAUUAAUUUGUCGAAUCAUAAAAAGAAAAGAUAUGGACCCAUGAAAUAAAUCAUCCAUUGCAGAAUACAAUUGCCUAAUUCUUUGCGUUUUUACAACUCCUUUUCGAAAUCAGUGAAAAAGAAAGUAUCAUUUAAAUUUAAUUAAUAUAUAAGUGCUAAUGUUUCUAUCUGUUGGAAAUUGCAGUAUUUCAUUGA